AUGGAAUUCGUCACCGCCCUCCGCGGCACCUUCGACGACGGCAAGCCCUCCCUCUUCGAGCUUCUCUCGGAACAACAACUCGCCUCCCUUCUCCCGCCCACCCUCCGCUACCUCCUCACCGUGCUCACCCACCGCUACCCCCGCCACCUGCUCCGCAUCCUCAACUCCUUUGACGAGCUGUACGCCCUCGCCGGCCUGCUCGUCGAGCGCCACUACCUCAAAACCCGCGGCGGCAGCUUCACCGAGCACUUUUACGGCCUCAAGCGCGAAAAGGCGCUGGCCGCCGAGAUCCCGCGCGCGGCUUCUUCGGCGCCAAACCUCGUCCGCGACGCCCUCAAACUCUCCGAUGUCGACAUCUGGAAGAACCUGGCCGUCAUGGUCGGGAUCCCUUACCUGAAACGCAAACUGGACGAGGCCUACGAAAUCGAUGCGCCGCGCGCCAUGUUGGGCGGGCAGUACACGCGGCCGCCGGCAAAGGGGGCGCCGAUGAAGGAGCGGUUUUUGUACUACUACCGCUGGUUUCUAAGAAAAGUGUACCCGAGCUUGAACGCGGCGUAUUACUUUGCCAUAUUGGCGUUUAACUUGGGGUAUCUGUUUGAUAACACAAAGUACCAUAACCCGUUUUUGUGGCUGAUUGGGACGCGCGUGCGACGGAUGAACGGGGCGGAUUAUCAGGCGAUUGAGGCUUUGGAAAAGGCAGCGGGGGCCGCCGCUACCUCUAGAUUAUCAGGGGGAGGGUCGAUGUUCAGUCCGAGGAAUAUGAGUCGACGGCUGAUGGGGGGUCUGUCGCUGGUGCUGCCGACGAGUAUUUUUGCGCUCAAGUUCCUUGAGUGGUGGUACGCUUCGGAUUUCGCCAAGCAGCUGAGUCGCAAGGCGGCGGAAAGUCUGGAUCUGCCGCCGCCGACGAUCACGAGGACGUCGGAGGAUGGGGUGGAGGAGAAGGCGGAUGAGGAUGAUGAGGCAGAGGAGGAGGCUAGUAGCAAGGAACCAACGCCCGAGACGGCGCCCAUAGCGGCUUCGACGCUGUUGCCCAUCUUCACGGUGCCACCGCCUAAGAGAUCUGAUAUGUGCCCUAUUUGCGAGGACGAGAUCCAGACGCCGGCGGCGUGUCAGACGGGUGUGGUCUACUGCUUUUCGUGCAUACACAAGUGGAUGAGCGGGACCCAUGUCAGGCAGGAGAAGUUCAUGACCAAGGAGCGCGAGGGCAAGUGGGAGAGCGGAGAGGGGAGAUGUGCCGUCACAGGAAGGAAAGUGUUGGGAGGGACCGAGGGGCUGAGGCGGAUCAUGGUUUAGCCGGAAAGAAGACAUUGAGGAUAAUGGAUUGGCAUGAGUUGUAAAAGCGAACAUUAGACAUUUUUAAUGGUGGCAUAUAAUCUGGCAAGUUGCA